ACUUCAUUUCCUUCCUGAGCCGAAGACUGCAAUGUGUUUGCCCUUGCAGCCAUGUCAGUCCCACUGCUAGACAGUCAUUGGUUUCUUCUUUUGUAGGUUAGUCGCUCUCUUUCUCGCUUAAAAAAGGACUGUUCUUCUGGUAACUGAUGGAACAAAAAAGUGAGAGUCAGUAAGCUCAGUAAUUUUUUUUUACGCUGUAUUUUGUUAUAAAGAGGAUAUUUUGCUUGAAGAGGAUGUGAAUUACAGAGAAUGAAAGUCCAUCUAAAGAUUCUUUCUGUUUUUAUAGUUGUGACCGGUGUGUUGAUGAAGUCUGAAAAUGUUUAUGUGGGAACAGUGGGUGAAACGGUGGAUAUCAAAUGUCAAUAUCCAGAUGACCAUAGAUAUACACCCAAGUACUUUUGCCGUCAUCCCUGUAAAUCAUCUGUUUUGAUUAAAAGUGCAAAGAUUGAUCAGGUCGUCUCAGAUGGAAGAUACUCUUUGAUUGAUACUGUGAGUGGACGGUUCUUUACUGUAACCAUCAAACAUCUCAGACUCACAGACUCUGAUGUUUAUUACUGUGGACUUGAUCAAUGGUUCCGUGACACACUGAAUCAAGUUCAACUGUCUGUCCGUGCAGCAGCUCCUGUGAACAGAUCUACACACACCCCUGAAAACACACAUAUAACAUCUACAUGGACAACAACACUCACCUCUGCAGGAACAUCCAUCUCUCUCUCAGAUAAAUCUAGUUCAUAUGAGCAAUUCUCAGCAACUUCGCCAACAGUCCAGUCAAUGGGACCUACACCAAUGGAUAAAAACUCUGUCAGUGUGACUGUGGUUUGUGCAGGUGUUCUGGUGCUGCUGGUGUUUGGGGUUCUUGUGGCGUUAGUGUCUUUCUGCAAGAAAAGAUCAUAUUUAAAGUCCACAUGUCUGCAACCACCUGUCCCUGAAAAUCCAGUUCAAGAUUCAUCAGAUCUCAUCCAGGUCUCUCAGACUGUAGAUAAUGUCAACCACCUCUAUGAUGAUAUUGUGAACGUGUACAGUCUGGCUGGUCCAGCUAAAGAUGGCAUUUCUUCUGUAAUAUAUUCCACUGUGCAGCAUUGUGAUCCUGCACCUCAUGAUGAGAAUGCUUUGUAUUCAGUUAUCACACAACACUGAGGAUAAAUGACUAGAUCAGUGUCAUUCUUUCCCCGAAAAUGUCACUCUUAAAACCCUGUUGACAUGAAACGGUGGAUGUGGUCAGCAUGCUAAAAAAAAAACACCUGCAAAAAUCCUGCUGUGAACAUGUGGGUCAGGCUAUGAAAUUAAACAGUGAAGCUGACAAAAAAAAUAAGUAAUUAAAAUAAAGAAAUUAUAUUAAUAAAUUACAUAUAUGUACACAGGUGCAUCUCAAUAAAUUAGAAUGUCGUGGAAAAGUUCAUUCAUUUCAGUAAUUCAACUCAAAUUGUGAAACUCGUGUAUUAAAUAAACUCAAUGCAC